CCAUGACAACAGACAAAAUGGAGACGUUGAACAGGGAACACGCUAGUCACCGGAUGUAAGGAAACGCGAUGGAGUCAGUUCUUCCACCAGAGCUGAAUCCGAAACGUAGAAGAGAGUCGAGGUUCUACGCUAGACAAAGCAUCGUACCGCAUACAAACUCCAAGAGUGGUCUGAAGUUGCCACGAAUUCAAUCGGCAAAAGGAUCAUCUUCACGACGACUUACGGCCGACGACAGUGCAUAUUCACUGUUGGAGAAAUCAAAAAAGAAUUCAAAACACAGUAGGGAAGAUUUUAAUCCGGAUAAAAUCGCGGCCGAGAUUAAAUAUGCGCGAUUACAAGAAAUAUUUGAGAAGGCUGAUACAGAUCAAGAACCUGGGCUGGAGCCUCAUGAGUUCAGAGCAGCCAUCAAGAAAACAGUGGGAGGCCAUCUUACUGAUAACGAGAUAGAAACUCUGUUCAUGAAAGUGGAUGCUAACUGUGACGGAGUUGUAGAUUGGGAAGAGUAUGUCACGUACAAUCUCAUGGAAUAUCAGGAGAAAAACCAAAUGAUAGAAAUGAUGAGGGAAAAACCGUUUCCAACGGAAACCCGGGACGUUCCGUCAAGACAUCGCGACAUCAUAGUGAGGGUCGCGCUUCUCCCGUCGAUUCAGAAACGUACUGUGCCCCUAGCUAAACUGGACUAUUCUAACGGUAGAUAUGUUACUCUCAGUAAGGAAGGCACCCUCAUAUUUUGGACUUUAAAGAUGAAACGCAUCCGAAGUUUCAAUACUCAUUCUAGUUUGGACCGCGCCACCCAGCCUUGGCUGACGGAUAUGGCAUGCAUGUAUAAUGUCAACAUGUUAGCAGUCACAUCCACUGACAGGGAUAUCAUCAUUUUCGACCUUCAGGCCAAUAAAUUCAUCAAACGUUAUCAUAUAGUCGGUAUUGAGAAUUGCAUAACGACAAUGUACUUCUGGGCUAACCUGCGGGACAUGAAUUAUGCCGUUCUUUUGUGGGGCGAUACAGAUGGUAACACGUUUGCCAUCAAGUUUGACUCAUCGCUGCGCGGGGGGCCGUUCGGAGCAGUUGGUAGCAAAGACGCAUACAAGAAAGUGAAUUUGCCGGAAGUCGUUCGAGGAUUUUUCAUUGGUGCUAAAGCAUACAAAUUUAGCAGGGUUCAUGAUGACUGGGUAUCUCAGAUUGGUUAUAUUCCAGAAUUGGAUUGUGUAGUGUCAUGUUGCCAGAGCACGAACAAUUCAUUAUACCUGGCAGACAUAGAAAAGAAAAAGAUUUCCACGGUGUUCAAGGUAAGCAAAGGCAUUCUAAGCUUUGAUUAUUGUCAAUACAACAACAUAAUAGUCACUGGCGGGAUGGAUUAUCUUGUGCGGGUGUGGAAUCCGUAUGUCAAUAGCAAGGCUAUUGUCGUAUUAAAGGGACACUCCAAACCAAUAACCCAUAUAAUCAUCAACUCUUCCAAGAACCAAAUUAUCAGUAUUGACAAGGGAAAAAGCAUCCGUGUUUUCGACAUGAAGGACCAAACUUGUAUCCAACAACUCAGUGGACGCGUGAUAAAGCUAGGUCCCUUCCCGAUUUCCACCGUCUGCUUUAACCCCGGAACGCAGACAUUGGUACUGGGUACGAACCAGUUAGCGUUUCUGGAGAAGCAUUUUGAGGAGGAGAACACAAUAGAAGUCACAUCCCACAAUAAGCCAAUCUUCGCAGCGCUCUACAACAAGACCUUCCGAUUCGUUGUCAGCGCCUGUUAUGAUUCAGUUGUCAGUGUUUGGGACGUGCGGAAUGGUGAAAAGGUCAUGCAAUUUAUAAAUGCCCAUACACACACUGAAGGAGGUGUGGACAUACCUGUCGAAAUUUCAGCAAUCACGUUUGACGGACCAGAAAGACGCCUUAUCACGGGUGCGCGAGACGGCAGCGUUAAAGUCUGGAACUUCAACAACGGUGCGUGCCUACAAACAUUCAACACUCCCGGCGGCCUGGAUGUGACAGGUCUUGUGAGCACGCGACAUCGGAUCUACGUCACCGGAUGGAGUCGCACCGUGCACAUAUACUUGGAUGGGGGUGGAGAGGAAUACCGGAAAGAGUGGAAGGCCAAACACAACGAGGACAUCAUCUGCAUGUCAUACAUGGGACCAAACAUCAUUGCGACAGGUUCUUAUGACGGGGACAUCGUCAUAUGGUCAAGGGACACUGGCCAAGCCUACUGCACGCUGAAUGCAUUCAAGGGCACAAAACCUUCCACGGAAAACAAUACGAAAUUCAAGUCAAUGAAGGACGAAGAGGACGAGAGAAGAUAUUCACUGAUAGAGGAAGAUGUAAUGGCAUUAGAUGAUGCUGCUGGAAAAAUGAAAUCGAGUAAACGAAGCUCUUUGAAAGGUAUCAGAGUGGGAGUUGGACUUCUAAGCAAGGUACGCGAAACUAAUAGUCGAAAUGGGAGCAGACUUUCGAAACAAUUCUGUAGGAUGGAGACACCAUGUGAGCAUCCUCUUAUGCCUCUGUUUGAUGAGCAAGUCUACACUCCAACACCGACCUCUGAGCAGCCGAGCAGCCGACAUGGUUACGAUGAAAUCUGUAAAAAUUACGAGGCGUCUGUAGAAAAAAUGAUUUUCUUAGAAAAUCGAGAUAACUUGGAUAAACAAACUGCUGUUCUUUUUACCAGUGGUGCAGAGGGCUGGGUAAGAGCCUGGUCAAUGCAUCAUGAAGGAGGUCUCUUGGGCCAGUUCAAUGCUUCACACAAAGUCGGCGAGGGCGUCCAUGCUAUUGCAUCCGAUUCAGAAAACAAAUAUUUGUUCACUGCAGACACGGCAGGGUAUCUAAAAACUUGGGACAUCACAGAAUACUGCAUCAGAGAGAAACACACCAGCAGCAAGCGAGCGACACGAUGGAAAGAGUUAUUUGAAAUCUUCAUGUUUAUGUUGGUAGAUGGACAUGAUUCGCGAGAACCCCCGCUUAGCUUUAACACUAAAGAUCCCAGGCCAGACGGAAUCCUUAAUCGACCGCCACCAUUGAACAGUAACCCAAGGAGGACCAUACAAUGGCCUUUACUUGUGAACUCUUUUAAAGUCCAUACAAAAGUAGUUAAUAGUAUCGUCUUCAUUGACGAAUUUAAGUUUGUCUGUACCUGCAGUGCCGACUGUUCAAUUCGACUGUGGACACUUGGUGGCCAAUACAUAGGAACCUUUGGAGAAAGGUGGGACCCGAUCAAACCACCUUAUAAGCCAAAGAAGUUCGAUGAAGAUGCUCGGAUACCGAGAGAUUUGAAGCGAAUUGGAUCUGCGAGAACACUAAAAGUAUUGAACCAAAGCAAAGCACCGAAAUGGAAGAAUCUUCUAGCGAAAAUGAAGAAAGUUGGCAUCCCUAGAGUAGAAACGCAGGUAGAACAAGAGGCUGUCCAAGAGGAAGUGCAAUUCCAAGACGAUUUGAUGGAAAAGAAGCUGAACUCAAGUGCCAUACUCGGCCAAUCAUACAAGCGGAAAAUACGUCAUAAGCUUCCGCCGUCUCUUCCCAAAAUGAUUGAAACGUCUGUAUCGAUGGCCGUUUUCCAUUCAAUGCCUUUCGUCGAGUUAGCACCCGUUGACCAGUACUCACUGUCAGACGACAUGAAAAUCCGGAAGUACGGAGCGAAUCUACGUGACAAAUUCCGCGGUGUGAAGCGGAAGGACACAGUAGUUCCCGCUAUUGCCAUGGCGGUGAAAAAGAUAGCGAACCGCGGAACCAAGGUCCCUUCCGCUAGAUAUCACGUCAAGCCAAGUCGUGUUAAGAAACUCUAUCAGCAAAUGCAAGGGAAGUCGUUCGACCCUGACGCAAAGUUCAGCAUUGACAGUCCUGUGAUGUCAGAUACCAAACUCGAACAAUCGAAAUAUUCGUUGGUUUCAGACGCAAGUUACUAAAGAGAUGGAUUCCUUCAAAUUGAUGACAAUACACCGUUGUUUUUCGGUCUGGCAAACAUUUCCAACAUUGAAGAGAUACACAUUUUCCGGUCUAUGUGUCUGGUCGUAUAUUAACAAUACGCGUUGCAAAAGGGGUUGGGGGAUUGAGGCGUCACUUACUUAACAGUUAAAUGUGUUAAAACCUCUUCAAUAGGAAUCAAAUAGCCAUUUAGCCAUUUUCCUAAGCAAACAUACAGAGCAUCAAAACGCUUUUAGCAAAUGAAGUGCUAGUACAUAACUUAUAUUUUACAUUAACAUACUGAUUAUUUUCAACCUUGUUUGACUUUUUAUAUAUAUAUUUUGGAAGAUAUAUAUAUUUUGCCUACAAUUCUACA